AUGCUUUGGGGCUUCAUCUUGUACUUUUCUCUGUUCUGUACUGCUUUUCCAACGGUUGUUUUCGAUAAAGAGGGAACUGCAGAUAUUUCAACUCUUCAACUUGUGCAUUUGGUUUAUCGUCAUGGAGACAGAACCCCUUCCGCUGAAUUUCCCACAGAUCCCACACCUGGAAUUUGGCCACAAGGUUUUGGAGAGCUCACCAAUCUUGGCAAAAUGCAACAAUAUGAACUCGGAAAAUUCUUGAAGAAAAGAUAUCUUAAUGGUUUCAUGAACAGUUCUUAUAAUGACGACGAGAUCACUGUCAGAAGUACUGAUAAAAGUCGAACACUGAUGAGCGCUUACACUAAUUUAGCAGGUCUCUACCCUCCGAAGGAUCAUGAAAAAUGGAAUCCCAAUCUUGAUUGGCAACCAAUUCCAGUUCAUACUAUUCCGAAAGAUGAAGAUCAGCUGUUGUACAUGACAUCCAAGUGUCCCAGAUAUAUGCAAAUUUAUAAUGAGUUUAUCAAUUCUGAAUAUUACCAAGGCUUUUUAGAGGACAAGCGUCCUCUUGCCUAUCAUUUCUUUCUGUCUGCACACAUAUCUUGCCUAUCGUUUCUUUCUGUCUGCCCGCGUCUCUUGCCUAUCGUUUCUUUCUGUCUGCCCGCGUCUCUUGCCUAUCGUUUCUUUCUGUCUGCCCGCUGCCUCUUUUUUGCCUAUCGUUUCUUUUCUGUCUGCCCGCUGUCUCUUGCCUAUCGUUUUUUCUGUCUGCCGCGUCUCUUGCCUAUCGUUUCUUUCUGUCUGUCCGCGUCUCUUGCCUAUCGUUUCUUUCUGUCUGCCCGCGUCUCUUGCCUAUCGUUUCUUUCUGUCUGCCCGCGUCUCUUGCCUAUCGUUUCUUUCUGUCUGCCCGCGUCUCUUGCCUAUCGCUUCUUUCUGUCUGCCCGCGUCUCUUGCCUAUCGCUUCUUUCUGUCUGCCCGCGUCUCUUGCCUAUCGCUUCUUUCUGUCUGCCCGCGUCUCUUGCCUAUCGCUUCUUUCUGUCUCUUGUAUGGAUUGAUUUUGUCAGUCAAAAAGCUGGAGUUGAAACUGAAAUAGAAGCAAUAACCUCCGUUUAUGAUAAUCUCUUCUGUAAGACAGCCCACAAUAUUUCCUUACCAAGCUGGGCCAAUUCCACUGUGAUGCAAAAGUUAAAAGAAAUCCAAGAAUUCAAAAUGGAAGCCUAUUUCUAUUUGCCAGAAAUGAAAAUUUUGAAAGGAGGUGUUUUUCUUGGAGAGAUGAUUGAAAAUACAGCCCUGAAAGUUACAGAACCAGAGAUUCUGCAAAAAAUGUACAUGUAUUCAGCCCAUGAUUCAACACUUGUUGCUUUUAUGCUUUCUUUGAACGUCUUCAACCACAUGAUAGUUCCGUAUGCUUCUUGCGUUAUGGUCGAGCUACACAGGCAAGCAGGAAACUUGUAUUUUGUGCAGGUUUUGUACAAGAAUUCAACCUCAGAGGACACAUUACACGUCCUUACAAUACCAGGUUGCCAAGCCAGAUGUCCUUGGGAGAAAUUCCUUGAACUGACAAAGAAUUCUGUCCCCACAGAUAUUGAAAAGGAAUGUCAAAUCAAAGAAGAAACUAACUUUGUGACGACGAGCAUUGUCAUUGUCAUCCUCCUCAUCAUUCUGCUAACAAUCCUCAUCACUGGCUUGAUCUUUUCUCGGAAGUCCUCUCUCUCACAUACACAUGCAGUCUCUCUCUCUCUCUCCGUCCUCACACACCCUUUCUCACUCCUACACAUGUACACACACUCUCCCUCUCACACUUACCCUCUCUCCCUCCCACCUACGCCCUCACACUCUCUCUCCCUUCGCACAUCCACUCUCUCUCUCCUCUUCACCCCCACAAUCACUCCCUUCCACAUCCCAAGCACACACACACACACACACACUCUCUCUCUCACCACCUCUCUCUUUAACAAAGAAGCUCAACUACCAUAUUUAAAAAAAAAAAAAAAAUUUCUUUUAAAAACAUCCACCACUGAAAAAUUCAAUUGUCAAAAUAUCAAUUGUGACAUUUUCUUUUCUUUAUUCUUUAUUCUUUCUUUAUUUAUUCUUUCUUUCUUUCUUUAUUCUUUCUUUCUUUCUUUCUUCUUUCUUUCUUUCUUCUUUCUUUCUUCUUUUCUUUCUUUCUUCUUUUCUUUCUUUCUUUUUCUUUUCUUUCUUUCUUCUUUUCUUUCUUUCUUCUUUUCUUUCUUUCUUUCUUCUUUUCUUUCUUUCUUUCUUCUUUUCUUUCUUUCUUUCUUCUUUUCUUUCUUUCUUUCUUCUUUUCUUUCUUUCUUUCUUCUUUUCUUUCUUUCUUUCUUCUUUUCUUUUUCUUUCUUCUUUUCUUUCUUUCUUCUUUUCUUUCUUUCUUCUUUUCUUUUCUUUAGCAUUUAA